CUUAACGCGCGUUUGGAAGUCCUUCUUUCGACGUUUCCUUAGGCAAGUUGGAUCAACUAAGAGACUGUCACCGCCAAUACUAAUAAAGACUAUUAAGCUUACUGUCCUUUUUACAAAGUGAAGCUGAAACUGAAACUGAAUCAAGUCGCCCGUUUUAAAAAUGACCUUGAAUUGAAUGGAUAACUAUAUCCAAGCCGGUCGACGUCUUCAGUCUUCAGAUGAUCACGAGGACGCGAUUAGCAGUACUGAUGACGGGUCCCAGCCGAUAUCUCAAAGCGUCCAAGACUUGGCAAAUGAUAUAUAUAAGGAGUUCGAGUCCCUGAUCAAAUUAUAUGGGAAUGGCUUUCUUCAUAAUUUAAUGCCGUUGGUCAUCCGUGCACUAGAGAACCUCGAUAGCUUGCAUUCCGAAAACUCUGACCUCCAUCUAAAGUCACUUGUGUUAAGCGAUGACCAUAGACUACUUUCGGGUGAAUAUGAAAAAGAGAAGAAACUAAGAAAGGCUGCUGAGAAUAGGUUAUUCCGCUUGGAAGAUGAUCUGGAAGAGGAACGUAGACAGCACGAAGAAAAAACUGUGUCGUACGAUGCUAAUGUCCGUAUACUUGAAAACAGAGUGAAAAGCCUGAAUGAACAAAUUUCGAAGUUUGAAGAACAAGAGGCGGAAAUGAAAGGAGAGUAUCAACGUCUACAUGAUUUAUACACCAAUCUUUUGCGUGUGUACCUUGAAUAUGUAGAACGUGUUAGGUCAAUGUUUAUCAAAAGCAAAUUAGACAGUCAUUGUCUUCCUGACUGUCCCUAUCCCGGUGAUAAUGCUUGCUUUGAAGUUGGAUUGGCUACUCAAACACCUGACCACAAUACAGGGGUUGACCAGUUGAACCGACUGGGAAAUAUGCUGAAUUCAGAAACUUUAGAGACAGAACGACAGAGAAUUAUGAGGAUUAUCAUGGAAACAACACCUGAGCUUUAUAGUGGCGGGAGAAUUUUCAAUAAUCCAUCGCUUUCAGAACCAUGUUUCGAUGAAUUGUCGCAAGGUGAUCUACCGGAAGACGAAGGGCACGAUAUAAAGAGUCAUGAUGGCUCAUGUACUACUCCACAACCACAAUCUAGUGAGCCGUUAGGCAGCGAGUUUGCUGAACCUGUUGAACUGGAGGUAGAUGGUGACCUUACCGAUUAUGCUGGUGUGCGGAGAGAAAUACAGAACUUAAUAAAAGAGAAUCAAGAAUUAAUCCAAACAAAAAAUGCACUUAAAAUAGUUACAAAUGACCUAAUCGGACGGAUUGAUGAACUUUCAUGCCAAAAUUUUCAGUUCUCAUCUGAACUGAACGCUUUGAUUACAAAUCGUGCAAGUAUGCUAUUACGUAUAAAAGAUUUAGAACAAGAAAAUGGUCAAUUACGUCGAGAAUUUGAAAAUUCUGAUUUGUACGGAAGUUUACCUGGUGAUGAAAUAUCUGACAGUGAACAUCUUCCAUUAUCUAUGCGUUUUCGAUUUUCACGUGUAGAAAUGGCACGUGUUUUGCUAGAAAGAAAUCAAUAUAAAGAACAAUUAUUAGAAUUACAAGAAGCUGUUCAUUCAACGCAUAAUUUAAAAGUUCAACAAACAUCAAAACUGGCAAAUACCAUUCAUGGUACUAAACGUGGACGUAUUAGAGCCUUUUUUGCUAAACUAUUCAACUCACAACAAUCAUCUAGUAAAUCAUUUAAUCUAUCAACAUCUAUGAACACUUCUCAAUCAACAAUACAAUCUAUGCAUAAUUCAAUAUCCAGAUUAAGUACACCAAAUGAAUUUACAAUAUCUUCAUCACUAUCACAGAUAAAUGAAACAAAUAAUCCAAAUACAUCUAUGUCAAUUCAAAAGACUACAAGUGAUAGUGAUUUAAAUCAACAUCUAACAAAUUGGAAAAUUUCGAUGAAACAAACAUGUAUUAGGGAUUUAAAUGAUUCUACUGAGUCAUCUCAAAGGAGGCAUCAACGAUGUACCUCUCCUAUCCAGUGGUACUCGCACAGAAAUGAACAUACGUUGGACCGAAGAAAUUUAAAAGUUGCCUACGUUUAUCCAUUGAAUGAUUAUCCUGGCAGUGUAGAGCUACGUUGCGCAGCAGUCACAUAUCCAUAUCACUCUACGUCUCACUCAUCUGCUUCAUCACCUACCAUGAACAAUUUACUUUUCACUGCUUACUUCAGAAAUCAAUUAGAAUCCUCUAAAGAUGACGAUUAUGUCAACACUACCGUAUUGUCUACAUACAGUAAUUCAGAUCAAUUAGAACAUCCUAAAUCACACGAACAACAACAGUCAAAAGUGGGAAUUUUCAAACAAUCGAUGUAUAAUCAUUCCAUUGGUAAUUUAUCCAGUGAUCAUGAUUCUCUUGAUUUUUCAGCGGUAAUCGACGAUCAAUUUUCAGAUGUUCAAUCAAAUAUUAUCUGGUUAAGUUCUUUCUCUUUGAAACAUGACUUAACAGCAAUAAAAGCUCCGUCUUCUUCUUCAUCAACAUCAUCGUCAUCAUCUACAGCGUUCACCAGUUCAGAUUAUUCUGGGAGAAUAAAAAGUUUAAUCACUAUUGUACAUGUAGAUUAUAAAUCAUGUCAGUCGGUUGAUUCAUUUGCUAUCUGUAGUUCGACAGUUUUAUGCAUAUGCAGUGUCCCAGAAGCAUCAGUCGAAGAUUUAACCUGCUUGGAAAAUACAGACCAUUAUUGGAAAAUGUUGCCAAUGGAUUCAUUUUCUGGUGAUUUAGAAACUGGUCAGUCUUUGACUGCGGAUAUGUUAGAAACGAAAACAAAAAAGUACGAUGUGAAUGCCCCUUGUUCAUUAAAUGAAUGUACAGAAUUUAAAUUCCUUGAUUGUGACAAUACUAACAACAACACUCCACAGAAAAUAAAUAAAAUUGUACAAGAAAGUAAAUAUCAUAGAACGUCAACACCAACAUCAUCAUCGUCAUCACAUUUUUCAUCUAUUAAACAAGCGAUUGAUCAUUUAUCAUCUACACGACGAUUGGUUAAUGCACUUGGAAUUAUUGGUUCAGUGAAUGAUGUUGAUGAAGUGACAAUGUCUUAUGUAGCGACAAGAAGACGUUUUCUUAUACAUCAUGUAGAUUGUGACUCCUGUAUUAGUAAUAAUGGUGAUUGUGCUGUUCAGCCUUCCAAGGAAAUGUUUAGUAGUCAUUCGUCUACUACUAAUGACAAUUUGGUGACACAAUAUCCUUGUUCAUCAUCUACACAGCAUAGUCACUAUCAAUAUUCUUCUAGAAAAUGUUAUUCCAGAUGUUCUGCAUCACCUACCAGUGCUCAACCAACUGUUUGGUUAGGUUGUCAAAAUGGUGAUUUAUAUGUUCAUUCAUCUGUAUCUGAUUGGCGUAAAUGUUUACAUGCAAUACGUUUACCUGAUUCGGUAACACAAAUCUGUCAUCUUGCCGGACGAGUAUUUGUCAGCUUAGCGAAUGGUCAAAUAGUCGUUUUUCGGCGUCAUCGUUUUCAUCGAACUAAUAAUGGUAAUUCAUGUCUAGGUCAUUCAUUGUCUAGUCUGUCAAUUAAGCAAGAACCAAUUGUCAGUUCAACAUCUAUGUCAUCGUCAUUAUCUAAUUUACCGGAUAAUCAUAUUACAUCUACUGACCAAUGCAAUACUCUUCACAACUCUAAUCUGAAUUCAUCUAAUGAUAAUAAUAAUAAUACAAUAUUGGGAUCAUGGGAUUUUACUGAAGCAUGUGUUAUUACGUGUGGACGUCCUCAAUGUUCUGUUAGUUGUACAAUAACUGUACCAUCAACAAAUUCUUUAUGGGCUGCUUAUCGUAAUCGUAUCUUAGUUAUUAAUGCAUUUACGCUUCAAUUAGUUGACUGUUUUAAAGUUCAUGCAAUUCAAGAUGCACAAAUACAAACAAUGUCUUGGUACAAAGAUGGUGUAUGGAUCUCAAUAAGACGUGAAUCUAUCUUACGUUUGUAUCAUGUUAUUAGCCAUGAAUUAAUACAAACGUUGGAUUUAAAUCAAGUGAUUAUGAAUUUAUUAUCUAACAUAAAUUCAUCAGAUUGUGGUAAUAUUUCAAAACUUAAAUCAUCUAGUUUAGCUAUUACUACUUUAAAGUCGAUGAAUGACCGUCUAUGGAUUGGAACUAGUGCUGGGCUCAUCAUUACAAUCCAGUUUCAAGACUCUUUAUUUAACAGAACAUUUCAACAAACAUCAUGUGAGCGUCAAAAAGACUCCGCGAAUUUAUCAAAACGUAUUUGUAAGGCCAUCUUAGAUUGCUCGUCUGCACAGAUCAGUGCACAUCAGCAUACAGCACCAGUGAGAUUUUUUGUCACACCAACUGUUAUACAACAGAAUGAAGAUAAUGUGAAUAAUCAAUGCGCUUCCACUUGUCAGACUACUGGUUCAAUGAAUAAACCUAAAAGGAGAGUCGAAAAACCAAGUUUUUUUAUGGUUACCGGCGGUGAAGGUCACUUGAUCGAUUCGCAUAAGGAUAGUGCUUCGACGAAUACGUUACACCAAUCAGAUAAUCGCAGUUCAAACUGUAGUCAUUUGAUCAUAUGGCAGUUGUAAUUGAUCAUCAUAAUCAUUAAAACAGCUUUUCUUGUGAUUUAUCAAUGUACAAAAUUUCAGUCAUAUUCUAUAUAUAUAUAUAUACUCAAAUAAUCUUCAUCCAUACAAUUUCCUUUUAUCUUUCCUCAUUCCUGCUGUUCUCUUUCGUUAGAGCAUAUUAGAAAUAUUGACUUAAUGUUUAUCUAAUUUGAACUAAAUCAAUUCGAACAUGUAGUUCAUUCAAAUUUAUGUUUUCUCUAAAUUUACAUAAAUUAUCUUUUCUUCUUUGUAUAUCAUUAGAUAUUUCAUCAUUUCAACGUAAAAUCGUACUUUUCUUUUCUUCUUAUUUAUAUUUGUAUAUAUAUAUAUAUAUAUAUAUAUAUAUAUAUAUAUAUAUAUAUAUAAGAAAAUAAUCAGUGAUCCAUGCAUGUAAAGUACCAAUCUAAAGUACAUUCAUUUUUUCCCUUUUAGGUUACGUUGAUUAAAACAAAUUUAUACUUUUUCAUCAUUAUGCAGUUAAUUUAAUUUGGUUUCUCCCCCCUCCCCUUCAAAAAAAUUUCUUUUUCAAUAACUCUUCAAAGAAUUACUUUUUAAAAUAAAAUCAGUAUUAAUAUGUACAACAUGAAACAUAAUAAAUAUGUGUAUGCAAGCACAGUUUAUGUUAGUCAACCCUCCCCCUUCCUUGUAAAUGAGUAAAUGAAUGAUAAACUAAAUCUAUCGUUAACAUGAGUUUUGCCAGCGAUGCUUUUUCUCACUCUCUAUCACCGUUUUGAAUUGGUCAGACGGGUUAAUCUCAAUUGCACAUAUGUACAUAUUCGAUCUUUAUCCAUCAACCUCAAAAGUUGUUUCAAUCUACAGUUUGAUACACUCUUAUUAAUAUCACAGCGAAAGAAAAUCGGCAAAGUACAAACAAAAGAACAUUACUGAACUAUAUCAGUCAAGUUUUAUCAGACAGAUAUCACCGUUAGAAUUUAAUAAUCGUCUCGUGAAAUCGUUAAUUGAUUGGUGUGAAUAAUGAUAUACUACCAAAUACUAGUUUAUCCACUCAGUUUUAUGGCAUGUUGUUUAUGUAAAUGAUAGUGAUAAUACUCAGAUCCUAAACUGAAUUAGAUAGUUCGGAGUUCUAACCUGUAACCUACUGGUUAGAAGUUGAGUCCCUUCGAUUGUUCCAAAAUUUUUAGUGGUAUCGUUUUAAUCCAAAGACCUGAAAGUCCGGAGCUCAUUUUCUUAUGACUUUGGUGAGCACUACAAAGAUGUCACAGACAGGCGAUACAACUUCACUGGUUCGAAAGCCUUUCCCUUGAUACUUAAACUAGGCUCAAAACUGCUUAUAACGUUUAUUAUAAAUUGGUCGUAAGGAACUUGAUCUAGGUACUUUAGUAACGUGAUUUCAUCUGGCAUAUUCUACACAAGUUUGUAAAGUAGAACUAUGUUGACAAUACCCCUGAUCGAUCAUCGAAUUAUUUUUUUUAAGAUUUAAUGAUGCACAUCCACAACCUCAUACAAUGUCAAACCUGUGACAUUCAUUUCUCACGAUAAAGGCAAUGUCAUUGAGUCCACUUAGCCAAAAUCCAAUAAACUGUGUUCUUAAUCUCAACAGAAUUCCGUUUAAAUUUAUGAUGUACUUUGCUUUCAUCCUGAGAAUGCGCUUCUCUCAAAUUAAUAUUUUCCAGGUAUUUCAUUUCUCAAGCUUAAAUGCCUUAAACAAUUUACUGAAAAGAGUUGAUUUUUCAGUAAUACUGUUCAAGAUUCAAUUAUUAGUAUCCAACUUCAUUCAUCCUGACUCAAAUCUCAGUGAUUAACAGUUUUAAAACUUCGAUCACAAAGUGUCUAGAUUUUAAUAUCAUGUGUACAUUGGCUCAAUUCAUCCAAAAAGCACCGUUUCUCCUAUCUUUGGAAAUUACGUUCAUGUUCUAAUUUGUGUCAGAAACAUUCUACUAGAAAACCAUACUAAACUUUUUUCAGAAAAUAUCAUAAUUCUUUAACUGCUCUAAUGUUAUUUUUUGUGAAAAUA